AUGAGUGCAAGCGUGAGUAUGCAUAGUUCUCUGUCCGCGCAUACACUCUAUCCCCGAUACGAACCACACGACACCCUCAACGCGUCCGACCUUUGGUCCCUUCAAACUCGAACCCUCUUCGCAAACAUUUCGCAAAAAGCAUCCCUCCGCCUCCGUCUCCGGUCCCCUUCCCCCGCGCUCGUCACCGCGCAAGCGGGGAAAGGCUUCGGAAAGAAGCCGGCGGCCGGCAGCAAGGCCAAGCCGGCCGGCAGCGCAGCCGGCAGCAGCAAACUGCUGGAGGAGCUUGGCGCCGCCGGAGCGUCAGGAUCUGCGCCGGCGGGAAAAGCGGCGGGGGCGGUGGGGGGGGCGGAGACGGCUGAAGCGGCUGUAUGUCCGUGCGGGGGGGGCGGGGAGGGGGAGAAGCGCGCAUACAAGGAGUGCUGCGCGCGGUACCAUGGCGGGGUGAAGGAACCAGACGCUGUUUCCCUUAUGAAGGCACGCUACUCAGCCUUUGCCAAGGGUGUGAUUCCCUACAUCGUGCGCACAACACAUGAAGAAAACCCCAACAUGGCACCCGGGGGAGCAGAGGGGCGCAAGAAGCUCACUGCUGACUGCGAGGAGACGUGCAAGCGGCUGGUGUUCAAACGCCUCGAGAUCCUUUCCACUGAGGCGGGCGAGAAUGAUGAUGAAUCAUUUGUCUCCUUCCGAGCAGUCUACGCCUACAAGCACGGCUCCACCACCGACAAUCAGAUCCUCGUCGAGAAGUCCCGCUUCGUGCGGGACCCAGACACAGGCCGGUGGCUGUACCGCGAAAAGAUUCCUCUAGACACAGCUUCAGAGGCAGCGUGGAGGCUGGGUCCAGCCCUGGUAGAGCAGGAGCAGCAGGCGGGUGGGAGGAAGUCGUAUGUCAUGCGAGGUGCAGCACAGCCGAAGCUACGGCCCAGAUCAAGCUAG